AUGAAGGUAUUUGUUAGUAAUUCAACCACUGGUGUAAGAAGUGGAAAAUUAUUCGGGUGCGUGGAUACUCCGUGUUGGUCUCCAUUGGUAAACUUACACUUACCAAAUGGUCUAAUGUAUACGGAAUUUGGGCAGCAAAUGGCCCCUUUGUUGCUAACUAGCAAUUUGACGAUAAAUUAUAACCAGAUAACUGAUGUAAUUGAAAUUACUGAUAGUAGAAUUACCAACAACAUUAAGAAAGUGAUACUAAAGGAUGAUUUUGAUGAUAUUUAUAUUAUUAUAAAGUGUAAUGAUGAAUUUUUGCAAUUAAUUACUAAUGGAACUGUAGAUAAUGGAAUAAAUAUUGUUGAUUGUGCCCCGGAUUCCAUAUCAAAACGUGUUAUUAAACUGGGUAUUAAUGAACAACAUGAUGAAAUCAAUGGAGAUCAUGCAAAAACUAGUAAUAAACACGGGUUUAGGUGGCUUUUAAAAAGGGAUAAAUAUGAUCUGAAAGAUUUUAAACAUCUUCCAAUUGCCUGCAAGAGUUACCUAAGAUAUGUGAAGAAAAAGCGAGAUUUAUUUACUGUUUCUAGGGAAAAUAUGGACAAUAUCGAAGGUUUUGAGUACAAAAUCGCGCAAAACGCGCCAAAAGAAUAUAUUCACAUGCUAAUAAAUGUUUUACCCAAUAACAAGUUAAAACUUAUUCACUUGGAUGAUGGACGGUAUAAGAAUGUGUUGUACAUUACUUCAUGCGGAUUCGAUGUUAUAAUAUCUGAUUAUCCAAGUAAAUUGUCGGAAAUGGGUUUAGCAUUAUUGCCAUACAACUAUUAUGCAAGUGGAAGUAAGUGUAAUGCAGAUAUUGUGAUGGAAUCUGGUGAUAACGAAAGAGAAAAUUCAUUCACAGAAAUUGUGGACGAAUAUGUGAUAAAUUUGAGGGGAGAAACAUAUGCAAAUGAUUAUUCAAAUAAAAUAACGCAAUACUCUCCCAGGGAAGAGACCCGUGGAUACAUACACCAUUUGUUGAAAUGUAACGAAACACUAGCAACCGUACUACUGCAAAUACAUAACAAUUAUAUGUAUGCACACUUUUUCCAGUCGCUCAGGGAAAGUAUUGAGGGUCAUAAAUUCGAGGAAUUUAUAUCCAACUUCAAAUAA